AUGUCGAAAGCAUUCCAGAAACAUUGGUCAUUUCUUGAACAGAUAUACUACAGGCCAGUAAAUUUCACGGACCAGUGCUACAGUAUGCCGUCAAAUGUACAUAUCGGUAUCAUUCCAUGCCCGCAUUCAAUGUGCGUUACGGUAGUUGAGCCUCGCAUAUUGGCUGGUCAUCAUGUUGGCAACAAUGUUAUUCGUGGUUGCUUCUCGUCUGUGUUCAGAUAUGGCCAAACACUACCAAAAACGCACGGUGCACCGGUUUUAGAUACUGCAUGUAGUCGGAUGCCUGCCCAUCGCCUUCUACCAUUGCAUUUGGCUCAACGUUCCUCGAAUCGAACCGUUGAGCUGUGUUGGUGUAUUGGUCAACUAUGUAACGACUAUCCGUCGGCAACUUCUGGUGCCAAUACGGCUAUGAAGUCCUCAGCAACCCUACCGCUGAUAUCACUGAUAGCCUCUAUCAAUACUCAGUUGCCUCGAUCACUCGACACAGUUCUAAUCAUUGUUUCAUUUGUAAGACUGCUGCCACUGCGAGUGUUCCUCUCUAUCCUUAUCACAGCACUAAUGCGCUCAUCAUUACCUUAA